GAAAUCUUGAAAUUCAACUUAACAUUUGUUUCAGGUUUUCUACAGACCAACAUCAACCCUGACCCAUCCACAUUACCGACAUUCCUGACAUCCAGCCAAGUGUUUAAAGUAACAACCAAAGACACGGUUGUUUUGCCGUGUGAAGUGUCCAACUUAGGUCCGUACGUGCUGGUCUGGAAGAAAGGCAUCGCAGUCCUAUCGGCGGGUAACGUGAAAGUCUCCCCCGACCCUCGCGUCAAUUUGGUGCGCGGGUACAGUUUGGAGAUUAGGGAGGCCGAGCCCCAGGAUGCUGGGGACUACGUCUGCCAGAUCGGGACGCUCGAACCAAGAGAAAUUACUCACACCGUAGAAAUUCUCGUGCCUCCCCGAAUACACUUCGUAACGUCCAACGGUCGCGUAGACGUGAAAAAAGGUGUUUCGAUAAAACUCGAGUGCAAAGCCUCAGGCAUUCCUCCGCCGAAAAUAACGUGGUCGCGAAAACACAGUCUCUUACCGGAUAACGUACAAACGGCUGUUACCCCAAUUCUCAGUCUUGAAAAGGUCGACAGGCACCAGGGCGGUUCAUACCAGUGUACAGCAAGUAAUGGAGUAGGUGAAGACGUUUCGGAACAAAUUUUCGUUAAUGUUUUAUGUGAGUAUUGAACUAUUUCUCAGUAAAAUCAGCACUGUAUCUUGCAUUUGCUGAAACCAAUUUUGUAAUACCAAAUCCUAGUAACAAUUUUAGUGUUUCAUAUCUUUCAAUAUCGUGAUCAACAGAUAAUCAUUAGUUUAUU